UGGACGCUCUUCCCCGGAGCGCACCUCGAAUUUGAGCGUGAUUCUCCCGACACUUACGUCGUGCACGCGCGCAACUGGUGAUCGAUUCGCACUUCCGCCACCGGCCCGCCUCCUUCGAACUCCGCUAGAUCUGUCAAGGUCAUUCGGUGACAGCCAAAUAACCGCACAAAGUCGGCGCGCAGACCAUGAACCGCGCAGACAUCAUCGAAAUCACCAUCACCAAACACGGCAGCGAAUCGUGAACACGCGAAAUUGCGUUCAGAACGCAAAUUUCAGAGUCCCCGUUGGCAAGCCAGCCCGUUGGUGAUCCAAGGGGAACGUUCGCCUCAGGUCAUCUGGUGGAGCUCCGAAACCCACUGCGGGGUUCCGUGAUAUCGGAGGGACCGAAGCUACGAACGGUGCAAACACGAAAUCCCAAAAGGAGGAGAUGAGCGGCGUCGGUUUCCUCGCGGCGGUGAAGACAUUCACGCCGGGCGGCCGCCGACGUAGACGCUGCGAGAAGCAGCAGAAGGUGCUGGAACUUCCGCCCGGCUACGCCAUGCAACCGGACGUCGUGCCCUGCUGGGACGCUGCGCCCCCUAUCACGCCGCCGGCCGCGUUCUUGCCCCCCGGUUACAAAAAAGGCUUUCCAGAGCCGAAGAAGGAAAAGACUGAACAGAGUGCAAAUGGCGCGGUAUCGCCGAGCGGUGAGCCGCAAGCGAAUCAGGGCACGGCUACCACCGGUAGCCUGCCGAUCUCGGCGGCGCCCCCGAAUUCAGGGGACCAGCAAAAGCCGAGUAGGCCCAACACCCUGGAAGCCAGGGUGGUAACCAGGAGACUGAUCUUGUUCGACAUGGAGAAGGGGGUCUUGGACCAAAGCAGCGAGAACCAGCAAGUGAUCGAGAGGUGUUACCCUCUGCCACCUCAGAACACGUUGAUGCUGUCGGAACUUCCGGAACCGCCGAUUCCCCUGAGCGAGAUCGGGCCGAUUCCGCCUCCUCCGAUGUUCAGCUCUUCGAGUCCGACCCUCCUGUUGGCUAAGCAACGACAAAUACGGAAUCCCCUGUCGUCGGACUACGAAGACGAAGAGGACGACGACGUCUUCGAGGAGGAGGACAACAUGUACGUGCCGAGGAUGUCGCAACCGGAUCCGGCCAUCGACACGUCCAGGGUUGAGGAGAUCCCCGCGAAGGAGCCGAAGUUUCACGCGGUGCCGCUCAAGAGCGUGCUGAAGAAGAGGGGUUCCGGAAGUGGGCCCGGAACGCCGCAGAACACGCCGACGCAGGAGAACAGGCCGUUGACCCUUCGUCAGGAGCUGCACGCCUCCUUCAAAAGGCCACCGUUGAGGCCUAGGAUGAGAAUAUGCAGUCGACCGGUUAGAUUUGGCCUGACCUUGCCGUGCACUUUGGAGAACAAGGAGAACGCGAGGCCGUAUGUGAUAAGGGAGGACGUUGACGGCGAUCCCGGUGACGGGCAGGUACUCUACAGGGACGACUACGACGAUGAAAAAAGCCGGUUGGCAGCAAAGAUUGCGCGCAAGGAGUCGCUGUCGCUGAAGCUCGCCCUCAGGCCAGACAGGCAGGAGCUCAUCAACAGGAAUAUCCUUCAGCUACAGACGGACAAUGAGAGGCAGGAAACGAAGGAGGCAAUUGGUGCCAAGCUCAUCAGGUGAAAAAACAUUCUUCUAUAUUUUUCUCUUAUUU